AUUCUUGACUUAACCGUUUUUGCGAAAGCAAAAUAGUCUGAAGUUGUAUUCUGCUUUGCGAUUGUUGCAAUUUCAGAAAUGUAGGUUGAAAUUGUCGCACUCUGUUUUGCUUAACUUUUUUCACAAAUGCAGAAAAAAUAAAAAUGUGACCAAAAAAAUAAAACACCUUCUGAAAUCUUUUAAUCCUCAGUAUAAUGUGAGCAAUGGCAGAAACACUGUACUUACAAAAACCAAACCUGUUCAAAACAAUCCAGCAAAACAAGUCUUAAUACGAAGCAGCCCCCUACAUAAAUCCAGUCAGCAUAUCACCUUCCAGUAAAAAUACAUAAAGUGCUGACACUUGACUCCCAGCAGGCCUCUAUGCGUGUCGCCCCUGCUUAGUAUUAAUGGUCAGAUUGAUUUUGCAAUAUUUUAUCUACAGAUUAAAAUGUUAAUAAACAUGAAAAUAAUGUUCAGUUAAUGUUUCAUUUUUUGGACUUGAUAUCUCAUAUCUGAAUCCUCAAGAGAAAACUAAAGUGGUUCUUGCAUCAGACUGAAAAAGAUGUUUUGAUGCUCCUGGUGAUUUGGAACUCUGGGGAGUAAAGCAUUUUCUUUUGGGUUUCUUCUAGUUGUGCUCACUCCUACUAGAUUCUCCUGCUUUGUUAGGAAGACACUGACUUGUUGGAUGAAGGUCCAAGCCACAUAAUGGGAACUUCUACGCGUUGUGUGCUCUUCAAAGACAAGAGGACAAUUCAGAGCUGCACACCGAUUUUAAUAUUCACAUAUUUUCCUCUUUACGCGGUGUUUGCUUUAACUUUUUUUUCGUUUUAACGGACGUUCAACAACUUAAAAAAACUCAUUUUCAGGGUUUAACGUCUUGAAGUUCAGAAGUCUUCUUUUAACGAAUGUUCAGUAAACACAACCAAUCACGUGACCAAACCCGGAAGUAAGAAACUUAAAAACAAAGCGUAGCUCCUGACUGUGAAAAAUCAAUUAAAAGGAACGCAAUAAGCUCAACACCGGGUCUGUUUUCCUCCAUAUUUAUUGCGCCAGUAUGAGCCAGGACCAUAUCAGCAAACUACAAACUGCAACAAGGGAAAAGCUCAGGAAAUUCAACUCUCUGCGCGGUCGAGAGGUUCGUCCGGGGGAGUUUUGGGAUGUGGUGGUUGUGACUGCUGUGGACGGGAGUCAGAAAGAAGCCUAUGAGCUUCAAAUCAGAGAGAAGGUGGCCAGAAGAGAGCUCCCCCUUGGAGCUCACUACUUGGUCGUCUCAGAUCCUCCUGGAUCCAAAAUAGGAAAUGGAGGCUCCACCCUGUGUGCUGUGAAACAACUGAAUGAAAUCUAUGGAAAAGCUUUGAGCGAGCUGAGAAUAGUCCUGAUUCAUGCAGGUGGGUUCAGUCAGCGGCUUCCCAGUGCCAGCGCUCUGGGAAAGAUCUUCAUGGCUCUACCGCUGGGUGAGCCCAUCUACCAGAUGUUGGAGCUCAAACUAGCCAUGUACGUGGAUUUCCCCUCGCAGAUGAAACCUGGCAUCCUGGUGACCUGUGCGGAUGACAUUGAGCUCUACAGUAUUGGCAAGGAAGAGCGAGUGAGGUUUGAUAAGCCUGGUUUUACAGCUUUAGCCCAUCCCUCCUCCCUUUCAGUGGGAACAACCCAUGGGGUGUUUGUCUUGGAUCCGCGUGAAAAGUGUUCCUACCUGGAAAUGGAGAACACUUCCUGUCUGUGCUUUCUGCACAAGCCGAGCGUCAGUAAGAUGAGAGGCAGCGGGGCUGUUUGUAAGCAGCAGAGUGGAUUGUUUUCUGUGUCUGAUAGUGAGUUUGUUUACACCGACAGCACCUAUUAUGUAGACUUUGACACUGCAGAGUCUCUUCUGAACCUGCUGACUGAGUUGGGGCCCUUGAGCUGUGAGAUUGAUGCUUAUGGAGACUUUCUUCAAGCUUUAGGCCCCAAAGCCACAGUAGAGUACACCAACAACACCACUAAUGUCACCAAAGAGGAGAGCAAUCUGGUAGAAAUCCGACAAAAGAUAUUCCACCUUCUCAGAGGAACUCCUCUGAAUGUGAUCCUCCUGAACAACUCCAAGUUCUAUCACGUAGGAACCACCUCUGAGUACCUGUUUCACCUGACUGAGGACGAGGUGCUGAGGACUGAGCUCGGUCUCCUGUCGUCUGCCUUCAGUGUGAACAUGAGUGAAGACUCCUCUGGCUCCUGCAUCAUGUACAGCAUCCUCGAUCCCAGCUGCUCCGUGGGAGCCGGAUCAGUGGUGGAGUACUCCAGACUGGGAGCGGGUGUGUCUGUAGGUGGGGGCUCCAUCAUCAGCAGCUGCUGGAUCGGGCCGGGUGAGUCCGUGCCAGCUGGAGUCUUCAUGCACUCUGUGUGUGUGAACCACCAGGAGCAAACUGGGUUUGUUACCAUCUUCUUUGGGAUUAAAGACAACUUGAAGCACAGUGUGCAUGCUCCUGCAUUUAUGGAGGAGCUGAGGUUUUUCGGAUUCACUUUGUCAAAGUGUCUCUCCUUCUGGGAGAUGGAUAACGAGUCCCUGAGGUUCUCUGGUGGCAGCUGUAGUUUGUGGAAUGUUUGUAUGUUUCCUGUUUGUUGUGACCAGCGAAGCUCCUUCUCCGUGUCUCUGAAGAUGCUGCAGGCCAUCCUGGGGGGCUCCACAAGCCUCCCACCCGAAAAUACAAAGUUUAUGUCGAUGCAGGAGUGUUUAGAGAGUAAGAACCUGGACGAGAUGUUGGAGCUCAGAAGGAGACUGCGUGAUGACAUCACUCAAAUGAAGCUAAAUAUUUAAAGCUGGAGUAUAUAGUUCAAAAAUUUGAAAGUAACUUAAAAUGAUGCUUAAAUGUGACGAUCUGAGCCUGUUCUAUGACGUGAAGUAGGUAAUCUUUCAUAAUUUAUAUUUCCCCUACACCCCUCCCCUGGCCUCUACAGCAAAACAAAUCCUGUAUGUGAGCCUAGAGCGCUGACCAGUCAAGUUCCAUCAGAAGGAGCUAUCAAUCACAAUAAUGUGCUCCAGUUCCCAGCAUGCACAUGGAUGUGCCUCAGUCAUCUUAGCCUAACUAACUCCAUUUCAGCAGUUAGAAUCAGGUGUAUCUGAGCAGGAACACAUUGAAAACAUGCAGCCCUCCAGUAGCGCUACAAGGCCAUUUGUGUUUGCGUGCAGGGUAUGAGGCGUGGCUUUCAGCUCCUCAGAAGGGGAAGGAGAACCGGAGCGGGAGCUAUUGCUUCUCCUCCUCCCCUUGGUGACGCCACCUUAUGGACCACAGAUUAAAAACAGCCAUGUUUGUGGGUAUUCACACGUGGGAGUUCAGUUACCCAGACCUGCUAAAAUGUUUGUUCUCUGUAUGAAAAACUGGUUUAAUGUUAAGGUUUUGUUGGGAUAAUAUUAAUAAAGAACAGUUUGGAAAUCA